GUCUCCUUGUCUUAACUCUCUGCUGUCUCCUUGUCUCACCUCUCUGCUAAAAGGGGCACGGCAGAGCAGGAGCUUAUAUCAGAGUGUCAGUUGCGAGCUCAGCCUGUUGCUCAUAACCUUCACGGAGAGCAUGCAGACAGACAGACGUUACAGUACCACCGCUGUGACAGUGGAGUAGAGAGCGGAACAUUUCACAGUCUCUGGUAAGACUGUUUACCUCCGGAGGGGUGAGGAGGAUUCGCAGUUUGAGUUCAGGAUGGAGACAUAUGAUGAGAAAAACACAUGUGGGAUGAUUUGUCUGAAAUAUCUGCUAUUGACCUUUAACCUACUCUUCUGGCUGGCAGGUGGAGUGGUGAUGGCGGUGGGGGUGUGGACCCUCGUAGAGAAGAGUGACUACAUCAGCCUCCUCAACUCCACCUUCUACUCUGCCUCUGCCUACAUCCUCAUAGCUGCCGGGGCUAUCGUUGUCUUCACUGGGAUCAUAGGCUGCUGUGCCACCCUCAAGGAGAUGAGGAGUCUGCUAAUAGUGUAUUUCUUCCUGCUACUCUGUAUCUUCUUGCUGGAGAUUGUAGCUGGAGUCCUGGCCUAUAUCCAGUAUCAGGAGUGUUUCCCUUUCUGCCAGCAGCUGGAUAAGGAGCUGCAACACAACCUGAAGGAGACCAUGGUUCAGAAAUACCAGCAGUCUGGAGAGGAGAGCAUCACCAGUGCAGUGGACAAGCUGCAGCAGGAGUUUAAGUGUUGUGGUAGUAACAGCUCGUCAGACUGGUCAGACAGUGUGUGGAUCCUGACACCUAGCAACGAGAGACUGGUCCCAGACAGCUGCUGCAAGACACCCAGUAACCUCUGUGGCCGCAGAGACCACCCCUCUAAUAUAUACAAGGUGGAGGGAGGGUGCAUCACUAAGCUGGAGACCUUCAUUCUGAGCCAACUGCAGAUCCUGGGAGCAGUGGCGAUCGGCAUCGCCUUCCUCCAGCUCGUAGGGAUGAUUCUUGUUUGCUGCCUGUAUCGAGGUCUGAAGGAGGAGUCAUACUGAGCAUCGCUGAUGGCACAACUACAACAGCAAGAAGACAACAACAACACAACCACAACAACAACAUAUUUACCAGUAUUUAGAUAUGCUUUCUCUCUGUCUCGGACGCUACAUACGUCUCCUGUAGAUAUGUGGAAUGAAAGUCAUUUUUUUUUCAAAGACAAAUUUAAUCUAUGUUGAAGUUUAGGUAAGGCAGGCAGCAGGAACAGGCAGACAGGCAGGCAAAGAGGUAGGCAGACAGACAGACAGGCAAGCAGUCAGACAGGCAGGCAAAGAGGCAGACAGGAAGGUUGCAGCAGACAGACAGACAGGCUGUGGGACAGCCAG